AUUAUACACUGCUGCCUCACUAGAUUGUGCAAACGCAAAGCUUGUUGCUCAGUUGCAAGAACUUCUGCAACUCGGUAUUUCGUCGGAUCUUACGCCAACAAGGCUCGAGUACUAUUAUCGAAGAUUGUCUGACCUGCCUCAAGGCUAGCAGACCACCAAGUCGAAACCUCUAGGACAACCGCGGAGCACUCCACCUCAAGCUUUCGAAAAUGCAGCAGCUUCAAAUGAAUGCGCGUGCGCAAUCGAAGUUUUCCAGCGGCUCGGCUCGGCGGGUUCGCCCGUUCGCGGGCCACGGUCGGAUAGCUUGCGCGGCGACUCAGCGCCAGGCGCAGUCCAGCCCCGAGCAGAGCCGCCGUGAGGCUCUGCUAGCUAUGCUGAGCGCUCCUCUGCUCGCGGCCCAGCUUGGAUCAGGCGUGGCCCCGGCGAUGGCUUUCCAGGCCCCGCCCGCCGGGUAUCGCCUGUUCAACGACAAGCUGGACGGCUACAGCUUCGUGUGCCCCGAGAACUGGCUCGCUGUGACGUCGUCGGGCAACGACAUCUUCCUGCGCAACCCGCGCAGCGUGGAGGAGAACCUCUUCGUGGACAUCACCUCGCCAUCCUCGUCGCGCUACAAGUCGGUGGAGGACCUGGGCUCGCCCCAGGACGCGGCCAACCGCCUGCUGGACCAGUACCUCACCAAGGAGUUCAUGUCCACGCGCCUGGGCAUCGCGCGCUACGGUGAAAUCGUGUCCGCCAACAAGCGCACCGCGGACGACGGAAAGGUGUACUACGACAUUGCCAUCCGCAUGACCUCGUACGGCAGCCGCAACGCCUACGCCGCCACGCGGGCAGAGGUGCUCAAGGACUACCAGCUGGAGUGGGACCGCACGCUGAGCGCGGUGCUGGGCGUGGCCAACAACCGGCUGUACACGCUGCGCCUGCAGACGCCCACCGGGCAGUACAAGCCCGACAGCGGCGCGCUGCGGGACAUCAUGGACAGCUUCCGCUGCAGGGAGGUGGAGGCCUAGGGUGGAGGCGGCGUGAAGGCGGAGGAGGCGUGAGGCGGGGGAUGGGGUUGGGGCUUGGUGCAGGCAGCGGGGGCGGAGCCGGCAGAGGCGGAAGCCGCGCGCAGGGCCUUGUGGAUGGGCACGGAGGUGCAGGCAGGCAACUUGGAGGACGGAGGAAGGCCGGGUUGGCGCAGGUAGACGGGGUGGCCUCCGCCCGCGAAGAGGUGGAGGCGUGAGCCGAGCAGGACGCCGCGGGCGGGUGCUGACGGAUAGGGCUAGGGCUGCGGGUAUGGCUUCGGGAUCAUGGAGAGGGUGGGUACGGGACACGGUCAGAACGUAUAUCUUCGGAUGCAUGCAUGGAUGAUUCGAAACACGAACAUGCUACGAGUGCCAGGGGAGUAGUACUGUGGAGGACCGCCGCGCGCCUUGUAACAGCGUACGAGCGCUGUGGCGGACCACUCAAUUCCAGUUCGGGGACAAGUGGGUGCACUUCCGAAUCAUGCGUCGUUCCAGGUGCUAUGACUGCUGCGUUGCCUUUGACUCUUUGAGCGCUUUGCGGUACUGUGUAACGGUUUUGACGGGUAUCGAAAGACGGGUUCAUCACGCUUUGGGGGCGUGCGCAAGGUAUUGAAGAGUCACGGAUGACGUGCGCCCAGGUGCCUGUCCAAACCAGGCGGGGCAAAACGUAGGCAAGUCCUUGGAGGCGACCCUGUAGCCGUGUCAUGAGCACAUCGCUAGUC